AAAAAAAAAAAAAAAAAAAAAGAGAGAACCAAUGGCAGCCAUUGAGACUUUCAGGAAGAGAGAAAAAUUUGUCAAAACUAAGCUGAUCUUCUCAUCAUUAAUUGUUGAUCCUUCUUCUAAUCCUCUUUCUCCUCUUAAUCAAUUCCCAAUUUAAUUUAUUUCAAAUUUUCCAGAAAAGAAAAUUAAAAGAUGAGCGUGAUUGACAUUCUGUUCAGAGUCGACGAAAUCUGCAAGAAAUAUGACAAAUACGACGUCGACAAGCAGCGUUCCCUCGGCGCUUCCUCCGACGAUGCGUUCGCUCGCCUUUUUUCCUCUUUUGAAGACCAAAUCGAUGCGGCCCUCCAAAAAUCGGAGAUGGCUGCAGUGGAGACAAACAGGGCCAAGUUGGUGGCCAUGAAUGCAGAGGUUCGACGGGUAAAGGCGCGAUUGUUGGAAGAGGUUCCUAAGUUGCAGAAACUCUCACAGAAGAAGGUGAAGGGUCUAACAAAGGAAGAGCUGGAGAAUCGGUAUGAUUUGGUUCUUGCAUUACCAGAGAGGAUUCGUGCUAUACCGGAUGGGACUUCAAGCGAUACCAGAAAGGCUGGAGGUUGGGGAACUUCAGCUUCUAAACGAAACAUAAAGUUUGAUUCAGAUGGGAACUUUGGUGAUGAAUUCUUUCAGCAAUCUGAGGAAUCGAAUCAAUUUAGGGAGGAGUAUGAAAUGCGGAAACUAAAACAGGAUCAAGGCUUAGAUGUUAUCUCAGAAGGUUUGGAUACAUUGAAGAAUUUGGCUCGAGAUAUGAAUGAGGAAUUGGAUCGGCAAGUUCCAUUAGUUGAUGAAAUCGAAACUAAGGUGGAUAAAGCAACAUCUGAUAUCAAAAACACAAAUGUCAGACUCAAGGACACAAUAACAAAGGUAUUGAACCUAAAAUCUUGUCAAUUUUCACUUCUUCUUGUUUUGAUUGGUUACCACAACCAUCUUCUUCAAAACUAUCCUUUCAGGUUAGGUCCAGUCGUAAUGUGUUGAUCGACAUCAUUCUCGUGUGCAUUCUUCUGGGAAUUAUUGGCUAUCUGUACAAGUGAGUUACUUUACAUUCCAUUAUGUGCUUCUCAGUUUCUAGCCAUCAUACAUAUUUUUGUGUUUUAAGUCAUUUUCGAUAAUUCAAAUACUUCUGUUUAGCUUUUUAGCAUAAGUUUGUGUAUCUGGAUUACUGACAACUGAUCAACGUAUAACACCUGCCAAAGAGGAGAUGGAAGCACUAAACGGAGAAAGUAUUGUAAAAGUUAUUCCAUGAACUCAUAAUGUAUAAACUUCUUUUUCUAUAAUUUGCAGUGUACUGACUCAAUAGGCAAGCGCUUUAAACGCCCCUCCCUGAUGAGAUCAUCUCGGUUUGUUACUGGAGACUUCCUAUAUUUCGGACGUUCAUUCCUAGCUCCUACUUAAUUCCAGCUUCAAGAAGGUCUUGCCAAUUGAUUUUGGAGCAACAUAUUAAUGUAUAUAAGAUUGUUUCGCAACAGAUGUUACUGAGUGCUGCUGUUGUAUGAAAAACACGGAAAAUGAGUGAUCAAUUUCUGAUCCUUGAAUCUUAUACAUAAACAAUCGAUACUAUCACCUGCUUGAGUUUUUAUGAUCUUGAAUGCGUAACAUUGAAUCUGCUGUCAACUUUUCAUAUUGGAACUCAUGUCUCGAUAAUGCACUC